AUGUCUCAAGAUCAUUCAAAUAUACCUUCUAAUCAUUCAAGACUUACUCAUCUUACUCGUGAUCGCUCUGCCUCUCUACCCCAAGCCGACACGAAUCCUUUAAGCCAAAAUGCUCUCGACUCGAACGUUCCCUACUCUUACGCGAGAAAAGGCUCACUUCCAUACAACAAUCUUCCACGUUACCCACCGAAUCAACAAGCUUCAGACGAGAAACAAAACAAAUUACCCUCUCUUCCGCUUCCCCGCAAGGCUUCGUUGGCUACUUCAUCAGUCUUUGGUGACGAUUACGUUCCAUUAAGUUCCCCUGGUUCGUCUCGAAACAACGGCGCUGCCACUGGAUCUUCUGACGGUCGUCCAUCUCUAUCGGAACGUCCUACUCUCUCGUCACCUGCCCGCUCUUCUGGUACUUCAUCAUACUCUCGCCGAAAAUUCCCUACCAUCGGACAACUCUCAAAACUCCCAUCACAUGCGCCUCUCAAGAUUGUCAAACGUCGCGCCGGUCAAAGCCCAUCAGAUCACCCUUCUCAAUCACCAACAUCCCCUUCUUCUGGAUUCGCGAGCGUGUCUGGACAAGCUCAAGAAUUACUCGUAGAUUAUUCAUCCGUACCUCCUCCCCCUCAAAUUCUCUCAGCGCCUUUAGGAAGAUUUAGAAAUAACUCAGUUGGAGAAUUUGGUCAAGCUAGUGCAGUUUCUGUUGAUGGAGCUUUUCAAAAUAACGAGACCACUGGAUAUGUUUAUAGACCUUCAGCUGUUGUUCUUACUGAUGACUACUAUUACUCUCAAAAUCCUAUCAAAGAACCUUUACAAAGAUCUUCUAGUGUAUCACGUGUUGGCAAAUUGUCUGGUAGUUUCCUCAAAAGAUUUAAAGGUGGCGAAAACAAAGAAUCAUAA